AUCGGGCAAAACACGUGCGACAAUCUCCACGCGUGUGAGACACUCACUACUCCUCGCUUUGCCCUUGCCAUCGCCUCCUUCUCUUCCAUUUUUCCCUUUCUACCACCAACAUUUCUGCAUCUAGAGAGUGAAUCAAGCUGUCAUCAAUCGAAGGGGGAGACCUUAGAUCAUAUCCGUGAGGUUAAUCGGAUCGGAAUCAUGUUCAGAAGGCUCGCUGUCCAGCUCCGCACUCUCGCUCCGCCUCGAUCCGCUCCCAAGGCCGCCCAAUUCUCCGGUGGAUCAUCCAGACCUACGGAGAAUGUUGUCCGUUCAGCUACCGUAUUUUCUCGCCACUUCUCUUCGGAAUCAGGGAAUGUGCCUAAAAAAGUGGAGGAUAUAGUGCCGAUUGCUACUGGUCAUGAGCGCGAAGAGCUUCAGGCCGAGAUUGAAGGAAGGGACAUUCUGGAGAUCAAUCAUCCGUCUGGUCCAUUUGGAACAAAGGAAGCACCUGCAGUGAUCAAGUCUUAUUAUGACAAAAGAAUUGUAGGAUGUCCCGGCGAUGAAGGCGAGGAUGAGCAUGACAUCGUUUGGUUUUGGCUGGAGAAGGGGAAGCCACAUGAAUGCCCAGUAUGCUCACAGUACUUUGUGUUGGAAGUAGUGGGCCCCGGUGGACCUCCUGAUGGACAUGGGGAUGAUGAUGAAGAUGGUCAUCACUACUGAAACUCAACAUAGUUGGCGAUUUUGCUGGUAGAAGAAAGACUUCUUCGGUCUUGCUGUUGCUUUUGGCAACGAUUGAAGCUGUUUCUCUUGGUUUUGGGGCUCUAAAGCAUGAUGGCUUAUUCUGCCACUUGAAAUACACUUACUCUUUCUCAAGGAGCUCGAAAUAAUCGACAGCACUAUAUUGUCUUCAAACGUGAGUAUUUGCACCGUUCUGGAGCAAUCCUUACUCUGCUUAUGUGGAUGCUCGUGCAUUUUGUCUUUGUUUUGGAAGAAUUAAAUGUCUUAUUUUCUCAACCAUUUACCUGUCGAAUAAUAUUGCUAGUUGUAAUGAUGACGAAAUAGCAGGCAUUUUGUGAUAUACCUUUUGGUCAAUAUUUUAUUACUAGUAUGUGAAAUUGCGAUGAAACGCUACAGCAAUGUCAUUAAUUCUUUAUUGCUCUUGAA